GGAAAAAAAAAAAAGUUAAAUAAAAUAAAUAAAUAAAUAAACGCAAGAAUUCCUCCUUUGUCCGGUUGGGUAGUCUCCAGUCAGAUCAUCAUCUCAGGUUAUUCAGCAGAUUCUGUGUUGAGGAAGAUGAGUGAAGUAUUCGAAGGAUACGAGCGUCAGUACUGCGAGCUCUCUGCGAAUCUCUCCAGAAAGUGUACAGCUGCUGGUGCUCUUGAUGGAGAGCAAAAGAAGCAAAAACUUUCUGAAAUAAAAGCUGGGUUGGAAGAUGCGGAGUCUUUGAUUCGUAAAAUGGACAAUGAGGCGAGAAGUUUCCAGCCAAAUGUUAAGGCUGUACUUUUUGCUAAGUCAAGGGAAUAUAAGUCAGAUCUCAACAACCUUAAAACUGAAGUCAAAAGAAUUGCAACUGGCAACUUAAACCCCUCUGCUCGAGAUCAGUUGUUAGAAUCUGGAAUGGCUGACACACUCACGGUAUUUGCUUAUUCCUAUCCAACCUAAACAUGCUUGUGCGUCUAUAAUGUCAUUGUGGUGAUGAUUAUCAUCAUGUUUCCUGGAAAAUUUAUUGUACCCAAAUGAUGAUUUAUAUGUAUCAUUAGUUAUAUCGAAAAUUUGUAGCUAUGUUUUCCUUUGUAGUCUGCUUUUCCUAUCAUUUGAUAUCGGAAAGAACCAUACUGUACACUCAAGGGCUUUAAUUGUUUUGUUUGCACUUGGGUUCAAUCAUCAUAAUUGCAUCUAGUCUGUGGACGGGAAAAGAAGUGUCUAUGAGCUUAUGCUAUUCUAUGGCUUGUACUUCUCUUAUUUCUGUUAUUAAUACUUGUUCUUGUAUGUGUUCAACAAGUCUUGAUAGUUAGUUAUUUACACACGAUGGAAAUGCAAUAGGCAACUGCUGAUCAAAGAUCAAGAUUAAUGAUGUCUACUGAAAGGUUGAAUCAGACAAGUGAUAGGAUUAAGGAUAGCAGGAGAACAAUGCUGGAAACUGAGGAGCUUGGUGUUUCAAUUCUUCAAGACUUGCAUUCUCAGCGACAGUCUCUCUUACAUGCCCAUGACACACUACAUGGAGUAGAUGAUAACAUUGGCAAGAGUAAGAGAAUUUUGACUGCCAUAUCAAGGAGAAUGAACAGGAACAAGUGGAUAAUCGGUAUCAUUGUUGCGGUACUUGUUAUUGCUAUCGGCUUGGUCUUGUACUUUAAACUUUCUAAAUAGACAAUGAGCACACAUGUUCUACUCUUUGGCUUUCUGUAUUUGUUUCUUGGGACAUAAUUUCAUGUCUAUGGAGUUUGCUAUUGAGUGCUAACCAAAAUUUUCAAUUUAUGGACCUUCUAUGGUUAUUUUUUCAUCAA